AUGAAUCUGGAGUCUUUGUUUCAGCACAUCGUCUUCUCCGAGCAUCAGGCCGAGGAGGGUCGCCGCCGGAUGCGCGAAGUAAGGUCGGAAAUAAGCAGAUGUCGUGGAAAAAUUAAGAAAGCAACAGAGGAACUGAAUGAAGAGAAAAUCAAGUUGGAAUCUAAGGUUCAGGAGUUUUCUGAAAAGUCCUUCUUCUUACAGCUUUUGAGAACUCAUGAAAAUGCCUUAGAAAGGCAGUGCAGUGAAAUUACAAACCAAAGGAUUAUGCUUCUUCAAACUUUUGAGGCUACAAAGAAAAAAGUAACAGAGGAGAAGGAAAAAUUUAUUAAAGAAAUUACAGACUUCAAUAAUGAGUAUGAAAUAACAAAGAAAAGAGAGCUUUUGAUGAAAGAAAAUGUCAAGAUUGAAAUAUCUGACUUAGAAAAGCAGGCAAACAUUUUGAAAAGGGAACUGAAGUCAAUGGAACAUGAUCGUGGCCAGUUAAAUGAACUUCAAAAACAAAAGAGUGAAUUAAUACAAGAAUUAUUUACUCUGCAGAGAAAACUUAAAGUUUUUGAAGAUAAAAGGAAUGAAGCCAUUUGUACUACCAAGUACCUGGAGGCAGAAAAAGUAAAAAUCAAUGAAAAGCCUCAAAAUGAUGCUGAAUGCUUAAGACUUAAAAGAGAAUUAGAACUUUAUAAGGAAGGUGACAUGCAAAGUGUUUAUGAAGCUCUCCAAACAGAAGUAGAAUCUUUAGAGUUGACAUUGGCACAGAAAGAUCUUCAGGAGAACAAAUAA